CAACCUUUUUCUACCCCCACCCCCGCCACUACCAAGCACCAACUUUCCACUCUCGCAUAGCUCCGUACGUGACUCACAAUGACUGUUUAUUGGUGAAAUCAAGCCUCAAGACAUGGCUCUGGUUGAGAUCAGGGCUGACCUCCAUGAUGACUUGCCGGAGUAUGAGAGGGUCAAAAUACCAUCCCUACCCCCAAUUGUGGUUGGCGUGGAAUUGGCCCGUCCGUACGGUGUUGCUGGUGUGGUGGAGUCUGACCACCCACAACAGACAACGGCUUGGUACAUCCAGGCUGUAGGAGACAUGGAUGCUGGCUGUGACCAGUGUGUACACGAUCGGGGCAGUGCUCGGGCUCGUCCCUUCUUCUCUGCCUGCCAUCACUAUGGCGAGCUGCAGGAAGGAGCCUGUGGUAACUGUGCAAUGAAGCACAAGUCAGCUGCUUGUUCCUUGAGCCACAAGAAAACUUGGAGACCUGCCACGCCACCACCUCCGCCAUCUCCCAAAGCUGGGAAAAGAUCUGGCACCCGUGCCUUCGCCCGACAGAAAGCUAUUGAUGAAGAAGCUGCUGCUCAGCUUCAUGGGUAAUCUCAGCACCAGAACACCGAGAGCACCAGAACACCGAGAGCACCAGAACACUGAGAGCACUAGA